AUGACGAAACCCAGAUUCCCUAAAAGGGAUGAAUGGAAAAGGAAACAAGAUGAAGGGGAAUUUGUUCCUAAAAGGCUUGAUGAUGUCUUAUCUCGUGCACUUGGUAAGACUAAAGAAGGGAGACCAAUAACAUUUGGUGGUGGAGUAGGCAUCAAAGCUGUGUGGGGGACCGGAGAGCGGCGUAGCUCUCGACGGUAUGGAGAUGCGGAGAUGGAGGAAAUGGAAGCAAGAGUGACCAAAAGGGUCAAAGAUGAGACAAUACAAGAGAUGAACUCCAAGAUGGAUGCCAUGGUUAUGGAGAAAUUUAUCACAUUUGCUAAAGAACUUGGUGUCCAAAUACCAAGCCAGAUGAGGAUAGACGCAAAUGUUCAUAGUAGUUGUCUUUCCGGGGGUUUAGAUCCAUUUGCCGACAUUACGGAACCUGUCCCGUGCCAUCUAUACCUGAACAUAGGCUCCGAGAAAGUCUUUGUUUCCUAUGGUACCAUAUGUCCAGAGUUGCUCCUUGAUCACCACAACGACGUCACUUCCGAUAACGUGAAAGUGAGCGUUGAUGAUUUUGAGCCCGUGUACAAAGAAGCUCCCGUCCCCGUGCCUUCUCAAUAUAUUAAGAAACUUGCUCAAGCUCAUGGUACCUUCACUCAGUGGCCAAAGCAUUUGGUGUCGCUUACGAAUGAGGAGGUAAACAAGCCUACAAGUAAAGAGCCUAAAGGGAAAGGGAACAAAGGGAAAGAGAUAGUGCUUGGGGGAAGUGGAACAAAAGCAUCCAACACUAAAUCAAAAACCUAUUUCCUUGAAAAUUAUAAAGUGCAAAAUUUGAGUGGUAAGUGCAAUGUGAUGAAAACUAUGAUGUUGGGAUUAAAAGAAGGGGAGCACGUUAAGGUACAUUGCACUAAAAGGACAUUCAAUAUGGAAAAGGACUUUGAAAUUAGUGUCACCGUUGAAGACACCGAUCAACUUCUCUCGGGAGCAUGGCUCAAUAUAUCAAUAAUACAAGUUUUUGUUAUGUGAGUUACCUAAAUUCAUAUCUUGCCCCUAAAUUUGAUUUUUAUGAUUGUCUUAACGUUCUUACACUAUAUAUUAUAGGGCUUUGAGUGAGUUGUGUUUUCACGAUGAUUGUCACCCCAAUAGUAUUGGAUUCAUGUGCCCGGAGAUGAUCUCGGCCACCAUGUUAAAGUCCGAUGCAGAUCAAAUUCUAUUGUACAUGACGAGGUCCAUGAGUGCACUUAGUUCUAAGACAUUCAUCUUAUGU